AUGGUGUCUGCUCUCUGGAAGGCUUGUUCGGAGGGUAACCUCGAAGAUGCCCUUGAGCUUUUGAGGGAGGCGUCGACUGUCGAAAUUGAGAUCAAAGAUCACACCGGCGUUACCCCUCUGAUCGAGGCCGUUAAAAUUGGGCACGUAGAAGUUGUCAGGGCACUUUUGGAGAAAGGUGCCGAUCCAACGAACGCUUCUAGUCAAGGCCCUCCAGAGCAGUAUACGACAGACCCGAUUAUCUUGGACCUCCUCAACACAGCGAAGAGCAAGGUUUCUCCGGAUGUAAUUAUCAUCGAGGAGACGGCUUGCACUCACGAUCCCAACAUGGAUCCGACCACGGGCUAUUAUGGCCCGCCCCCUAGUGCUUACUAUUACCCUGGUAUGCCAGUCCCACCACACAUACUGCCUGAUGGCACUCCGUACUAUGCGACGCCUCCUCCGGUACCGACUGAGCAAAACCCUAACGGAAUCCCCAACCUACCACCCCCUGAGGUCGCUCGGAUGAUUCCUUGCAGGUAUUAUCCUGCAUGUCGCUAUGGUACCUCGUGUAUGUUCGCCCACCCGCAAACGCCAUAUAUUCAAGGGCCGCUACCCCCUCCUGCUCAGUAUCCCACUCAUUACGACACGAUGACAGCCCCUUACCCACCGCACUCGUACUAUCCUGUGCAAUCACCCUCUUUCCAAGGCUCUCCGAAUGGCGUCGCUAUUUCUGCCAUGUCACCGCCGCAUGGCCCUCACCCUCUCCCCCAUAUACCAAUGGGUCACGCGAGGUCGGGCUCUGAGAUUGUGUCUCCGGUCCAGGCGCAUUUCAGCCCAACGGGGACAGCGCCCCCCAUGCCGUAUGGGAUCAUGUCCCCGAUCUCUCCUACGUACGGCCAUCCUGGUCAAAUGCCGGUACCAAUUUCAAUUCCUCCUCUUCCCCCUCUCCAGCAUUCGGCUGCCGGUGGUCCUCAAUCCCCUCAGCAUGCGAUGUAUCCCCCGAUCUCCCCUGGUGCUGUCCCGCCCUACGCCAUUCCGGGCCAGCACGUGGGGCAAUACGUACCACAGAGCAUGCAUAUGCAAGGCGCUGCUCCCGAAGCACCCAACUCUCCACCUGUUCAUCCGCAGGCGGACGGUUAUGGUCCACCUCAAGGGCAUAGGGAAGGCAUGACCCACCACAGACGAGGCAGCGCUCGCCGACCUUCGUUUGGCGGCCCUGGCCGUAAACCUGCUUGUCUUUUCUUUCCGGCAGGAAGAUGUAGGAACGGCGACGAGUGCCGAUUCCCACACGUGCUUCCUGAUGGUGCCGCUCCUCAUCAUCCUCCGCAUUACUCCGCAAGAGGCGGACAUAGGCCUCGCGGACCUCCUCACGCUCACCCGAAUGGCAGCGCUACAAUUGAGGAGAAGUUCUCUGCGAUGGCGGUUCAAGAUGACAGACAGUCAUCGCAUAGUCGCACUGCAACUAACGGGACCAGUGGCACUGGACCCUCCAGUCGAUCACAGUCUACCGAACCGGGAAGCAAGGGCCGCGUUGCUCAGGCGUUCAAGCAUAACCAUUUGCCCAAUGGUGUCCGACUCGAGAAGAAGGUGAUUCCGCCGAGACCACAGCGUCUCCCCAGUGCGGAUGAGUUCCCGGUGCUCGCUAGCGCUACUCCCCCUCUACGGAGUCCACCCCUCAACGCGUCAGGUUCCAGCGGUUACACCGGCCCUACUGCUGCUCAGGUUCUGCUAGCACCUCCUCCGUCUCGCAAGGAUGCGCAGCCGGACGUCCGUGGCAGCACACCAGAGCAUGACAGUUCUACUCCGGGAGCGAAGGAUAAGACAGAAGUAAACAGCGUAGCGCCGGCUCAGGAACAGAUCGUCAACAAGCUUACUGUCUCAUUUGCGGCCGCAGCUACCGCCGCCCCCGACGCUCCGAAGGAGGUGUCUGUUACCGCCUAA